UCCUGCAAGAAAAAAAUACAGAAAGAUAUACUCGAAAAGUCGAAGUGUGUGACGAAGAAAGAACAGCGUUGCCGCCAGUAAGAAAGAGAAAGAGGGAGAGGGAUAGAAAUAGAAGAAGGUGAAAGUAAAAGAGAGACGGCUAGAGGGUGGGUGGUGGGGGGCUCUUAGGUUAAGAGUGAGGGAGACAGAGGAGGUCGAAGGGAGUCGAGCGAGGAGAAUGACGGAUAGCCAGCAGCAGUUUUGCUUGCGUUGGAACAACUUUCAAGCUAAUAUCACCAGCCAAUUCGAGGCCCUCAGGAAUGACGAGGACUUUGUUGAUGUCACCUUCGCCUGCGAUGGUAGGCGUCUCCAGGCGCACAAGGUUGUCCUCUCCGCGUGCAGCCCUUACUUCAAGGAGUUGUUCAAGACGAAUCCAUGCAAGCAUCCAAUAAUAUUUAUGCGUGAUGUGGAGUUUGAACAUCUACAGUCACUUUUGGAGUUCAUGUAUGCUGGAGAGGUAAACAUAUCUCAAGCAGAAUUGCCUACAUUUCUACGUACUGCUGAGUCUCUGCAAAUCCGUGGACUUACCGACUCUCAAAAUAUUCAGCACAACAACGAAAAGCAUUUGAAAAGAAGUAACAUAUAUGCAUCAAAUGGUCAUGGGCUGAUCUCACCAAGUUUGGAGGAGGACCACAGUAAAACAUCACCAGCCUCGAGUCCUCCACCACUGAAAAGGCUGUGCAAACGAAGUGAUUCGCCACAAAUAUCUAGUCCUGUACCAGCUGCGGUGGCCUGUACAACUGGACCACCAUGCACACGGCCAUUAAUCGAGCCACAAGUUCAGCUCGACUGUUACAAAGAUCUCGAUAAUGUUGAGCCAAAAAUAGAAUUACCAGAGUAUGGAAGCGACGAUGACUGUUCUCCAAAGCAGGAGGUUAACACACUGCCAAGUGGUUUCCUUAGUCUUGAUGGUGGCAUGGAAGUUUUGCCAUCAUAUCCACCUUCUUACCAAGGAGGAGGAGGAGGAGGGGCAGGCGGAGGAGGCGGUGGCGGGGGUGGUGGACCAUUAGAAGGUGGACUGCCAGGGCCAUCUCAUACUAGCAAUACGGAGCUAAAUCAAGAGCAACAAGGUCGAAGGGUACGUCGCGGCAGGCCGCGACUUGGAACGAAGGGUGGAAAACAUGGGUCCCCAUCUGUGCAGGGUAACUCACCGUCAAGGAGCGAAUGGCUACCCUUAGAUAUGAGGACUACACCUCCUGCUGCAAUGCCUGCUUUCCGUGGAUUCGAGGAAUCCUCUUCAGAUGGCGUGGUACACUUGGGAGAAGGAAUAGCAGUUUGCGAGGAACAACUGAGGGCUGUGAAAUGGAGCGAUUACAGGAAAUUGACACGUGGUCUAGCAGCAAUUCUGUUCAGCCCCACCGAGCUGGCCACCUGCUCGGUUACAGGACAACGAUGGAGCCGUGCUGGAACUGCUACCGAAAGACCAGUGAAACCUGCGUUAGAUAAAGCCAAAGUACAGGCCAUCAUAUCUUACGUAACAUCGAGAUUUCCCACUGUCGACGUGAGCAGCGUGAAACAAGUGUUGGCUUACAAGUGCAAGGAGAACUCGACGGCACUUAAGAUGAAGUCUAUUAGAUACAUUUGCGAGAGACAGGAAACAGAAAGAUCACCGAGAGCAAAUCCGGAGGAUAAGUGAGAGGAAGUAGGGGUGCGUUGAACGUGCAACUUCGGACAUUUGAAGAACUUCGGAGCGUUCAUUUGACUGUAAGGACUCCUUGGAACGAAACCUUCCUGCUUCACCCUAUCUCGACCGUCGACGCAUUGAUCUUACUUUCUUCGAUUAAGUUGAUCCAUGGCUUAAUCUGGCCCAUGAUUUAUGGGUAUUUGAUAAUACCUAGUAGGCGAAGUUACUUGAAGGAUUCAGCUGGUAAACUCCAAAAACAUGACCCGGGGCCGUUGGCAAAUUUAAUUAUUUUGAGGAUCGAUUACCCUUUCAUUGAGAUGACGUCGAAGCUAAUUUUAGGAUCAAAGUAUUUAUAAGGUUAAUUCGUUAAUUACGUUAAGCUUCGAAAUCACACUAGCACGUGCACGAGAAGGUGCAGCAAUUAUUGCCAACUAAAUGUCAUUGAAACAACGGUGGGUGGUUGUAUGCUUAAGUGCUCUUGAGAUACAAUGGUUACCUUUACUUUUUAAAUCGAAUAACACGUGUUUCUAUUCCUGUUGUAAUACGGAUUCCCUUGGACCGUGGUGUUUUUGUUUCUAUAGCGUUUUAACUAUUUUCUAUAGUUUCGGAGAUAUUUAGGUAGCAGUAGUUGCCUGGACCAGCCUGUAUUUCCUCCUCGAGAUUCGAGCAGGUACAUAAACUACUUAUUGCUUUUGGGACGAAGUUAUAAACCUUGAUUAACCGAUGAAAUUAUCUUUUGUACGAUCAGUAAUCGUUCGUUUAAUCUAAAUCGGUUUAAAAAAAAACACACACACAAUCGUGUAGGUCGUUCGACGUGAAUUCGGGUGAACAAGUGACCAAAAAUUUUGGGAGUAUUAAAUUGGUUCGUUAAAUUUGAAUUGAAACAGAAUUUAAAUCGAUCUAAACGUAGAACAAACGUAAUUAUGCCGAAUAUAAACUAUAGGGAAAUAACAUAAUUUCGAAAAGCUAUGUAUAAAUGGUAUCUAAUUCGAAAGCAAAAAAAAUUACAACGAGCAAGAGAAAAUGAAUGCUCUUCGAGUAAACAUCCGCGAGACGGAUUGAAUCGAAUUAUUUCAAGAUUUGCGAAAAUCGUGAAAAACGUUAAUAAUAAAAUGUGAGCAGAUGUAGCGCUAGCAACCCCUUAGAAAGACAUCGGACGAGGCAAUUAGGAUAUCGAAACAAAUUGAAUUUAUGCCUGAUUAAUUCCUAAUUAUCUUUAUUUCUAAGGAGAACUAAUACAAUCCAUGUUUUCUUUUUCUAAUAAUGCGACGUUCACGUCUGCAUAACUUUUAAAAUAAUUUUACUAGUUCGUUGCUUAUUUAUCGUCGCAACAACGGCGAUCGUAUUAGAAAUUAAAUAACGAAAGAAGAAAAACAAAAGCAAAGCUACCGGGAUACAAGGGUAGUCAAUUUCGUAUAGAUAAACGCCUAAGGUUUAAACAAAUAAAUAGACAAAUGAACCGAAGAAUUAAUGAAAUGAAGAAAAAUAUAAAUAUAAAUAAAUAAAUGAAUUUAUAUAUGUAUACGUAUAUGUA